AGCUUGUCAGUUUUAUCUGGUUGAAUUAUCAGACAUAUUUUCACAACUGCAUUCACAUAGAUAUAUGAAAAAAAAACCUUUUAAGUUCCUCGUAGAGGUAGUUUGUGUUGGUGGAGAUGGAUCUGUAAGCGAAGUUGCUCAUGGUCUGCUACUUAAAGCCCAGAUUGAUGCUGGAAAAGACACAGACUAUAUAACAACACCUGUCAGAGCACCAGUACCUCUUGGAGUAAUACCAGCAGGUACUACUAAUACUUUGGCUCACACUCUCUAUGGUAUUAAGCAUGCAGUGACUGCAACGUUGCACAUUGUAAUGGGACAUAUUCAACCAGUAGAUGUCUGUACUUUCAGUACUCCAAGCAAGCUUUUGCGUUUUGGGUUCUCAGCUAUGUUUGGUUUUGGUGCAAGGACUCUAGCUUUGGCUGAAAAGCACCGUUGGAUGCCCUCCAAUCAGCGGAAGGAUUUUGCUUUUAUCAAAACACUGGCAGAUCUCAAGCCAGAGGAAUGUGAAUUAUCAUUUCUACCUCUACAAAUUCCACAGGAGGUCUCUCAUGAGAAUGACAGAAAGAAGAAAGAGAAAAUUAAAAAAAAGGGUAGCAAGGAUCAAUGGCACAAAAUUCAGGGUCACUUCCUGAAUGUGAGCAUUAUGGCAAUCCCUUGUCUGUGUUCAAUGGCACCAAGAGGCUUGGCACCUAAUACGAGGUUGAAUAAUGGAAGCAUGGCUCUUAUUGUUGUACAAAAUACUUCUCGAACAGAGUUUGUAAAACACCUGAAAAGAUACGCCAGUGUAAAAAAUCAGUUCAAUUUUCCCUUUGUUGAGACCUACACAGUUCAAGAAGUGAAAGUGCAACCGAGUCUUAAAAGUGGACUUGAUGCCAAAGAAAAUACGUAUUUGAAUGCUGCUUCUGCAGAAGGAAAUUACCCUUGGAAUAUAGAUGGAGACUUAAUGGAAGAAGCAUCAGAAGUUCACAUUCGGGUGCAUCCUCAACUUAUUAAUCUCUAUGGAGUGGACACUGAUGACCUGGAGAGUUCCCAAGCAACAUGCAGUUGCAUAUAGAAGGGUCACACUGGAAGUUCUGUAUUAAAGAAUCCUUUUCUCACCUCUAUGCACAGCUUUCCAAGGUUCCAGUCUUUCAUUCACUGAAUUCAGUUGUUGUAGCA